AUGUCAAUUACAAAGAAAGUGUCAAACUUUGGAUGGAAGAACUCCAUGAGAAUAGAAACACAACUCUGUUCACUGUUCAUCAAAAUGAACCUUUUGUUCUUUCAUAGGUUUCAGAUUGGCAAAAAGAAUUACAACAGUAUCUUGAAAACUCUGAGGAGUGGUGUAUUGACUCUACACAUAAAACAAGUAAAUCCUUUAAUACUUCAGCUGGUGAAGAUUCAAAAGAUUGCUUUCUUUAUACAAUUGUCACUAUGGCUAAAAAAGUGCAGUACUACUAAAAACCUGUCUAUUAGAACUUGCAAAAAAGACAUAGUAUUAUUUGGCUACUGCAGAGAAAAUAAUAUUAACAUAGUGUUAGAGUGUCUACAAGACAAGUGA